CUAUCUUACGAGAUAUGUCAAACAUAAACAUUUGAUUUAUACACGUGCGUCGCAAAUGUUCAUUUAAGUCUUGAUGUUCAAGACAACUGUAAUGGCUUCCAUCUGUCAAUUUUUUUUGUAAACUGUUUAAUUCAGAUGAAUUGUCGGUGUUCUUGAGCACCCGAGUUAUUAAUUUAAAGACAUAGAACUAUGGAGGAGUUUAGACAAACGUAUGUCCAUCUUUGUAAAGAUCAUCAUUUAGAAAUUCAAGAUUGUGUGAUAGAUAAAUUAAAAUGUGCAGAGAAAACACCAGGAAAAGGGAAAACCAUCCUAGAUUUAUCAACAAUGGGUCUAUCGCCACAGACUUGCUCGGUUUUAGGAAAGGUUCUUGCUACUGACAGAAAUUUCUUAGAAUAUAAAUUUGCUGAUUGCAUGUUGAGUGAAGAUGCUGUUAAGGGAUUAGCACAAGGUUUUACACAUAAUACAUAUUGUAGAAAAUUAGACUUGAAGGGUAAUAAUAUUCGGGGAACUUCAGUAGAAACAUUAGGUAAAAUGCUACGCCACAACAAUAGUCUAUACAGUUUGUGUUUAGAGUGGAAUGCGUUGGGUAUGUUAGACAAUUCUUUUGCUGUAUUUAGUGAUGGAGUAGGAUCUAAUACUUGUUUAAAAGCUCUAGAUCUACGUAACAACCAAAUCAAUCAUGAUGGAGCUGCCGAACUAGCCGCAUCAUUGAAGAGAAACACAACUCUCCGAGCAUUAGAUCUACGUUGGAACAACAUUGGUUUAAUAGGUGGUAGAGCUAUAUUAGAGAUGUUACGAUCUAAUAAAACACUGUCACGAUUAGAACUAGCGGGAAACAAUAUCCCUUCAGAUAUUCUAAAAGCUAUUGAGACCUCAGUUUCAAAUAAUGCUGAUCGUCAAUUAAUUGUUGAUGACUUCCAGAAACGAACUACAACACUUAGUAAACAUGUUCAACAUUUAGACAAAGAAAAGUCGUUACAGCUGAAUGAGUUGAUGAAUACAAUUGAUAAACAAGAAAAUAUUAUGAAGAGUACAAAAAGAGUUUCAGCACAUCAAGUGGGUAAUUUACAAAAUGCACUUGAAGACAGAAAAAAAUCUUUUAAUGCAUUAGCUGCAAAACUGGCCAUGACAGAAUCUGAAUUAACCCUUGCUGAACAAAAGAACCAUGAUUGUAACAGUAUUAUAAAUCGUUUAAAACAAGACAUGUCUGAGAUGACAGCAUCACAUCAUGCUGAUUUGAGACAUGAGAAAGAGGACAGAGCUAAUGAAGAGAUGAAGUUAUUGAAGGAAUUAUCAGAAUCUAAUGAUAGAAAUAUUCAGCUUCAAACAAAGGUAGAAGAUUUAGAUAGAAAAUUAAAACAAAAUCAAGAACAGUUAUAUGAAUAUAAGGAACAGAUAACCCAUCUACAGGCUGAACUAACAAUGAAAGGAUCACAUUAUGAUGAGAGAAUCCAACAAGAAAAAACACGCCAAAAAGAUGCACUUCAUGAUUUAGAAACAUACAAACAAAAAGAGAUUAAUCGAAUAAGACAAGAAGCUGAUGAUACAGAGAAAACAUUACGUGAUAGAUUACAGAAAAUGGAAACACAUAGAUUAGAACUAGAAGAAGAGAUUAGUAGAUUAAAAGCAACUAAUAUGAAUGAUAAAAUGAUGAAUGAAGAACAGUUAAUAUCAUCUAAGCAAAGAAUCAAGGCAGAGGAGGAACAAAGACAUAUGCAGUUAGAGGAGAAGAUACGAGUUUUACAGAUAAGUAAAGAUGAAUUACAGACACAUUGUACUCAACAAGCAGCAUUAGUUAGUGAAUUACAACGUAAAAAUAGUAAUUUACAACUAGAACAUGAAACAUAUAAACGACAAUUAGAAGAAUUAGGACAGGACUUAGCAGAGAAGAGCAGCAUUACCAUGUCUGAAGUAAGCAAAGUACGACAUGAACAGAAAGAAAUGGAGAUGAAAUUAGAUAGUGAGCGUAAAAUACAAGCUGAAUUACGUGAAAAACUCAGUCAUACAGAUCAACAAUUAUCAGAACAAUUAUUAAAAUAUCGUACAAUGAUAGAAGAGAAAGAUAGAGAAUUAGUUAUAUUAAGUGAAAAGUUACGUUCUAGAGAUCUAGAGAUAACACGAGCUAGAGAAGAAGAAUCUCAACGAGCCCAUCUAUUGCAAUCAGCUAUAAUGAAUUAUGUCUCUAAAACACCAUUUUCUUCACCUAGUAAAUAAUAACUACAGCCAACAAACUCUUACCCAAUAUAUGGUGCAUGCAUAGAAUUUAUUUCAUUUAUUAUGAUUGGCAGCUGAAACAGAUGUAUAGUGAAGUGGAGGUCAAAAUGAUGUAUGUAAACGGUCAUAGAUGAGAAAUCGAGACCACACUAUUAGAAUGGAGUUCAGAAUGGCACCCAACAGUGAUGUUGUGAGGAUGUGUGUGUAAAACUUUGUGGGUCAACCAACAUUCUCACAGAAAUCCACUAUCUGCUUAGUGUAUCAUCAGACUUGUUCUGUGCAGUACAUUUUUUAAUAUUCUAAUACACUGUGGGAUUGUCUCAACACAGCUGUACUAGCUUUUUUCAGAGUUGUAACAUCAAAUACAAACUACAGCCAAAUUCUACAUACAGAUGUGUUUUUAAUUUUUUCUGCAUUCUGUACAUGUACAUACCCAGUGAUCACCCAAAGAUGUUACUUUUGCCUUUAAAAUCUAUCAUACCAAAAUGUUUAUGAUUUAAUUUUUUUUAAAAAACUUCUUAUUUAUUGAUCAGAAAGAGGAAUACUGUAGAAACAUUUGAAAUUUUAAAAUACUUAAGAUACAUUCGAAAUUUUAAAAUACUUAAGAUACAUUCGAAAUUUUAAAAUACUUUAAAUGCAAAUGGAAGGAACUCUUUGCAGAAAUGAUUGAUUUCUUCCAAAUACAUUCCGUCCACAAUAGCCUUCUAUCUUUUUCAUCCAUUUUGAAUUGUAUUGAAUACAGACAGGUUCUCAAGGAUCUCGUUUCACAAGCACAGUCAUUUAAUACUUAUGUAAAGGUAGUAAAUCCCAUAGCAUCAAACUUGACAUGAAAAAAGUUUAAUCUGAGACAUAUUUAUUCAGCAGCCCUUAUGUUUACAGUAAAUAGUCUGUGGUACAGUAAGACAAGACUGGACCUUGCUUAUAUACUAUUCAAAAAAAGUAGGGGAUAUUUGAUUUUGGGGGCAUAAUACUA